AUGAUUGCGAUCCAAGAAACGGUGAAAACAGUUGGCUCUUUAAGAUUUUGUGGCAGUGAAUCAGUGGAGACUAGCAAGAGAGAUAUGGUGAUGGAUGAUAAGAUCUAUGUAGCGGUGACAGGGAGAGACCUGGAAAGCAAGUCUAGUCUCGUUUGGGCGAUACAGAACAGUGGAGGCAGAGAGUUUUGCAUCGUCUAUGUCCAGAAACUGCGGCUUUGUAGAAAAGAGAAGGAGAGAGCACAUAAGAGUAUAGACAAGUACCUUAAUAUAUGCAGGCAAAUGCAGGUCAGUGCAGAGAAGAUAUGUAUUGAAAUGGGUUCAGUAGAGGAAGGGAUCCUCCACUUGAUUUCUAACCGCGAAGUUAAGAAACUUGUCAUGGGAGCAGCAGCUGAUAGACACUAUUCAAUAGAAGCUAGGAGAAGAGAUCACUUAUAUCUAGAAUGGGCAUCUUUAGAUUCUUCAAGCCAAUCCGAGACGACUAAAGGAACUCAAAGUGUUCCAAGCUCGAGUAUGGUCAAAGAUGAUGAUAGGAUUCAAGUAUCUGAUGCAAUCAAAAUGGCCAAACAGUCAGAAAAUGUGUAUAUCAAUGAGUUGAAAUGUAAGAAAGAAACAGAGAAGGCACUGAGUAAAACUAAAGAAGAACUUGAGAAGAUGAUAAGAAAGCUUCAAUACAAAUACAGCUUAUCAAUGGAAGCAGUGAGAAGACUUAGACAAGAACAAGAAGAGUUGAAGAUAGAGCUUAGAGAAGUAUCAAAGCUGAAGAGUAACCGCAAGAACCAUGGACCACCUCAGUACUUCAUAUGCCCCAUUACACAAGAUGUGAUGGAGGAUCCACAUGUAGCAGCAGAUGGUUUUACAUAUGAAGGGGAAGCCAUAAGUAGUUGGUUUGAGAGAGGACAUGAGACUUCUCCAAUGACUAACAAGAGCCUUCCUCACACCAGCUUGGUUCCAAAUCUUGCUCUUCGAUCUGCAAUCCAAGAAUGGCUUCAAGCAUCAAGCUCCUGA